AUGGAGGCUGACAAAGAAAAGCUGCUUCAGGGAUCUGAAUUCUGCUUUCGCUCUGGCAGGCUAUACUGUGAAAGCGUCAACAUCAAAGACUUACAGGCAACAGUCGAGAAGCUCUACAAAUCACCCUUUUAUGUAUAUAGCAAAGCACAGCUGCAGAAGAAUAUCAGCGACUACUGCACUGCCUUGAACCAAUCUGGCCUGGAGCACAAGCUGUACUACUCAGUGAAAGCAAACAGAAACCUGGAGCUGCUCAGAAUAAUCAGUUCUUCUGGAUGUGGUGCAACAACUGUCAGUGGGUUUGAAAUGCAAAUCGCAAUGCAGGCUGGUUUUCCCCCUUGCAAUAUUUUGUACAAUGGUAAUGGGAAAACAAUGGAAGAAAUAGAAUAUGCCAUCAGGCAGGGCUGCAUGCUAAACAUUGACUCCCAAUUUGAUGCAGCACAUAUUUUAGAGGCUGCCAAGAAAUUACACAAAACCGCUAGAGUUCUGCUAAGGUUAAAUCCCGACAUUGACCCCAACGUCCACCCUUAUAUCACUACCGGCCUCCGGUUGUCUAAAUUUGGUAUAAUAGACCAGCAUUUACCCACCGUUGUAGAAUUGGUUCAGUCCAGCCCCUGUGUGGAAGUCAUUGGUCUGCACUGUCACUUGGGCUCAACCAUUGAUGAUUUGGGGGUCAUAACUUCAAUGUGCACCUACCUGCUGCAGAAAACCCGAGAGCUGAGAGAGAAAGGAUUUGGCAGUAUUAGGUGUAUAAAUAUUGGAGGGGGUCUGUCAAUAGAUUAUAAAAGAGAAGGUGGGGCUGUCCCAACUCCUGCAAAACUGAUUGCGGAAAUACAGAAGAAACUGAAAGGAGAGAAAGUGCAGAUUAUUCUGGAACCAGGUCGCUCAAUAAUUGGAAGCACUGCAAUUCUCGUUACCAAGGUUCUUGGUGUCAAAUCAUCCCCAUCCAAGACCUUUGUGGUGACUGAUGGUUCCAUGACAGAAGUGAUCAGACCAAGCCUGUAUUCGGCUUACCACCACGUGGAUCUGCUGGACUACACAGCAGUCACUGGAGACGAAGGAGACAAAACACUGCUCGACAUUGUAAGGGCCAGACAAUCCCAGAUAUGCCUAUUGUACUGUAUAUCUGAAUAUUGUGUCUUUUUUACACAGCAGGCGUGAGAUAUGUAUUGUCGAGAUAUCUGUCGAUUCCAGUCAGAUGUGGCGUCACACCGUUGAAGAAAAUAAAUAUU